GCUGGAAUAAUUAUUUAACCGACUAAAUUUCUAUGUGUGCUCCACUAGAUUGGAUCAGAUAUUCCACCAUCCGAUUGCGAUUGCGUAUCUGGUAUACCUACAAUAGAAUACAAUUGAAGGGUUGUUCUCGAAACCCGAGGCCUAGAUUAAUAAAUCUAUCAGUCAAUCGCCCAAGAUGCCGCCGCGAAUACCCCUUCUCGCCACCCUACGGCAACGCUCCACUCUCUUCAGAUCCCGAACCGCCAACAUAUCAAGCACCAGCCCGCGCGAAAACCUCCGCAAAGACGUCCCCAGCAUCACCUCCAACCUUCUCAGCCUCGACGACUCCACCUCCAACGAAUCCACCAUCGCCGCCGCCGACAUCUACGACAGCCUGCGACACACCGUCGCGCGGCGCGUCGCCCUCGAGGAGGAGCUGCGCGAGACCAACAAAGCCGAAGAAUACCUGCGCCAGCUACCCCGCCGCUGGCGCACCGGCGACGUCUACGCCCCUCACGACAUGAGCUCCGCCGAGAUGACCAAGUGGCGCCGCACGCAGGCCCGCAAAAAGGACCUCGUCGAUAUCCUCGGUCUACGGCCGCUGGAUAUGUAUCGCAACUUCUCCGUCAUAUCGGAAUACAUGACGCCGCACGGGCGGAUAAAGCGCGCAGUCGACACGGGAUUACGGCCGGCGAACCAGCGGAAGAUGGCCAAGGCCGUACGGCGGGCCAUCGGCCUGGGUAUCCAUCCUAGCGUGCACCACCACCCGGAGAUUCUGAUCCGGGAGAACACCAGAUACUUCGAGCAGGUGUCCGCGACAGUCAACAGAAACAUCAAGUUCUGAGGUUAGUUAAUAGUUGGUUAGGUAGACGAUGGAUGGGUGAAUUGUACAACAACGUAACAUCUCCGUGUCUUUCAACGCUUAUUCGUCUAUAUACAAAGAGACAGCAGAGGAGGCUAUCUACCUAUGUAGAUAGAUGUACGAGUAGUGUUGUACAAGAUCAAUCCAUACCUAUACAUCAUGCCUUCCACAGCCGAGGGCGGAUCUUAAAUACCGGGAGGCCUUCGCUGUUUUGCUUCUUGGCGUACUUUUUCUUCAGUUCCCCCCACACUUGCGGGUAGGAUUCUUUUGCCCAUUCCUCGAAUUGGUCUUUCAUCUCUUGCGACGGUAAAACAUUAAACACGGUGCCAAGGCUAGGGA